UGCCUCAUAUUCUUUUUACAUUUAGCGCAUAUACAAAUGUUGUAAAGUAUGUACUAUUUUUAUAAUGAAAUCAAGCACUAUUUUAUUAUAUUAUUCAGUCUAAGCCUCAUGAACAUUGUAAGACAUGAAUUAGCUGAAAUAUUAAUUCUGUGGUUCUAGUGAAAAAGGGUAGAAGUCUCGCGCAGCUUAGAUGUACUUAUAAGAUAAGGUCAUAAGUGGUAUGUGGAACUUACUUCCUUUUACAUCUGCGCCGCGCGAGACUUGUACCCUUGUUCACUAGGGCCACAGAAUUUAGAUAUAGUAGAUUUAAUAAACUUUUACAUUUGAUAGAUUUAAAUAUAGUUAUCAACCAUAAGUACCAUACUUUGUACUGCUAGCGGGCUUAACACAAGAGCGCCACUACAGUAUCUCGCCCGCGAGAUUACCCAUCCCUCUAAUUAAAAAUACAGUUAGGAAAGAACGGGUAGUCUUUCUCGCGCGCGAAAUACUGUGCUAAGCACAACCCAGGGCAAAAGAAAUGUUUGUGUCAAUAUCUUGAGAAACUACGCAGAUACCUACAUAAAUGUUUCAUACAUUAUAAAACAAAUAUAACCAUACCUAGGUACCUACUGAUUGUGAUUAAUAAUUAUUUUUGUUGCACUAAAGAUUUGCAGAACUGUUAGUAUUUGCCAGUGAUAAUGGUUUAUGUGUCAUAUUUUACUGAUGAUAAAUUAGAAUUCAAUUAAAAUAAUUAUGAUAUUCGCAUUUUAUGGCCUAGGUAUAGAAUAUAACAUCCUAGUAAAUUUAACGAAUUUCCAAAAGCUUUGGCUGAGGCUGAGAAUGAGGGGUGUAGAAUGCUGCUUAUGAAUAAGUUAAAUGAAGUACCUUUCAUUUUUCGACUGAGUAGCUUUUUUACCAUGUAGUAUUACCAAAUAAGCACCAUUAAUAUGGUUUACUAUAUAUACGUGUUUAUUUUGCUGUUGUGGUUACUUUUCAUAUAUCAUUGUGCUAAUAUUAUUUUCAAGCCUGGUUGACAUGCUAUAAACCCUGAUAUCUCACCUCUAUAAGUUACAUUGAUAAGUGAGACAAAAAAUACAAACUAAACAAUAAUAAAACUAAACUACAUGGAAUAUAAAACUUAAAAUAAUCAUAUAAAUAGACUUAUAAAUGAACUUAUAAAUAAACUUAUAAAUAAACUUAUAAGUACAUCAAAGGCAACUUACUUUUUGAAACAUUCCAAUACUAACUGGCAAUUAUUUGUCACAAGAGUUAUUUUAGUACAAUAUAAUUUUUGUCCAAUGUUAAAUUUAAAUCCACUUUACUACGGAGUACAGACUACAAAAGAUGUUGCUUUAUUUUUUAUUAUAUACCUAUGACCUAUGUAUAUUAGGUGUGAGGUGCCAAUCGUAAACGUUUUUAUGAUUCAAAAAUAAGUCCAAAAUUGUUGGUGAAUUUUUGUUAUUAGUAUUAGAUAUAUACUUACUCAACCAAUUUAGAUUCUGGGCCAUAAGAUUACCACGACUACUACAUAUACAGGAUGAUUUUGAUAAUGUGUAUCCAUACUCUGAGAGGUAAAAGCAGUUUCGUACGUAGGGAAUGUUGUUAAAUAUAUGACGUACAUAUUCACGUCUCAGAGACGGGCAUAACAAAUCACCUGUAUACCUAAAUGUGAGUGAUCUCAUCUCAUACUACUCUUUGUGUUCAGGUACAUAGUGGCACGACAACAUUUAAAUUCAUAUUAGGUACAUUAAAUUUAUAAUUUAGUAUAGGUACAGUUGAGUUCAUAAAUAUGUAUACAUUUAUUCACAUUAUUGCAAUGGAUUAAGGUGAAGAAAUGUAUUGUAAUUUAUGAACUUGACUGUACCUAAUUUUUCUGUUUAUAAAAUAAUAUUAUUCCUUGGUUUACCUUUUGAGUGCCAUCAAUAAUAGUAAUUCUCAGUACACCAUGUCAAAGCAAAAACUGCAAUACAAUACCUACCUAAAUUAUUAUUUAACUAACAAAUCAAGUACGAGUUUCGCAUGUGAUACACUGUUUAUAAUGCCGGCUACAUACGUAACGAUAAAUCGUAGCGAUUAAACUGUGCAGUCCGAACUGCGCAGUUUUAUCUACCGUGUGUAUGACAAAUCGUUGUCGAUUAUCGCUACGAUUUAUAGUUACGUGUGUAGCCGGGGUAAGUAAUAAAUGCAAUUGUAGUAGACAGUGGUUUGAAGUUUAUCUAGCAAUAAGUAGACCGUCGCGAAAAAUGUAUGACCGGCAGCUUGACAAACGCAAAAAUGACUUAUAUUUACUCAAAUAAGGUUCAAUUUGGCACUACUUCCUCGUAAGGCGUCUGGGCUAUAAUCGCAAACCACUUCUUUCGUCUUGAAUAUGCUAGAGCGAUAGAGGCAAAUAAGUGAACGAACCAACGAAGACGUUAGGUUAAUUGGCGGCAGGCUCCUGGUCUAUUGCGUAUUAGGGUGGCGUUAAAAGAGUUAAGUAGACCAUGUUAAAUAUCCUUCUUUACAUACCUAUAUAAUGCAUGUGAAAAUUAUACAUAUUAAUAAAAGUUUAGAUAAAUAAGAAUACAUUGUUUUUCUUCGAAUCUAUUUUAUUCCUUAAAUACCAAUGGAUUUACAUAUCUAUUGUUAUCUGAACUGACAAGAUAAGUACGCACACUAAUAAGUAAUAACACUGAUAAGAAACAUAGCAGGGCAAGAUAAGUAGAUAAAUGAUAUCCAAAAGCAGGUAUGACUUAUGUGGAAAAUAUUAUGCAUCAGACAACAAAAAUGAAUAUGGAUACUACCAGUAGCGGCAAUUGUGAACAAAUAAGUGACUCCUCGAGGGCAGAGAUCAAUGUACACAUGGAAACAGUGGGAUACCAUAGAGACCUACCUCCGCCUUACACUGUUCAGGAUGUGCAGCCUCACACAGUGAUCAGGGAAACUAUAAUCAUACAACCUCCACUAAAAGAUGCUCCUAUGUUUUUCCCUUGCAGCAAAUGCUAUAAAAGAGUAUUGACUAAAGUGAAAUACGUAAAUACAAGGAAAACUCACAUGAUGGCUGGUUUUAUCUUCGGAUUUACAUGUUGGUGCUGUUUGUGUUGCUUUGCGGGUUUACCUUAUUUAAUUCCAACAUUUAAAAGGGUCAAGCACUAUUGUCCCGAGUGUGACACAUACCUAGGUGAUUAUUCUAAGGUAUAAGGUAUACACUUCCUUCCAAAGACUUUUUCUUAAUAAAGCUUAUCAACACCAUGAGAAGCUGUUAUACUUGUCAGAUAUUACGCCACAAGCUGCACCACCUAGUUGUAUGCUGUAACACUACACAGCCCAUGAUGUUAUGUGAAGAAAUGUUUUUCUGGAAAUUUGUAAUUAACAUGCCUACAGAUAGAAUACAAGGAUGCAAUUUUAAUGAAUGGACACACUUGAGUACUAAAUUUGCAUGAAAAUAGUAAUGUGUAAUACCAAGAGCCAGCUU